UGGGCCCGGCCGCACCUCUCCCAGCCGCACGCGUACCUCCCAGGACGCCCAGGGACCCAUGGCCGCGGUGGCAGCCCCCUGGGGGCGGCAGCGGGAAGAGGCCCGCGCGCUCGGCCGGGCGGUGAGGCUGCUGGAACGCCUGGAAGAGCACUUCGGGGACCCCCGGCUUGCCUCCAGUCCCCCCUCGAUGCGGGACCUGCUGCCCCGCACCGCGCAGCUGCUGCGCGAGGUGGCCCAGGCCCGGCGGGCGGCCGACGGAGGCGGCCCCGAGGGUCCCGGCGGUGCGCGGGACUUCCUCGUCGUCUACCUUAACAACCUGGAGGCCAAGAGCAGGCAGGUGGCGGCACUGCUGGCACCCCAGGGUCGGAGGAGUGCCAAUGACGAGCUCUUCCGGGAGGGCUCCGGACUCAGGCGACAGCUGGCCAAGCUGGCCCUCAUCUUCCGCUACAUGCAUGCGGAACUGAGCGCACUCUUCCCCGGCGGAAAGUACUGUGGACACACGUACCAGCUCGCCAAGGCCCCAGCCCACAGCUUCUGGAGGGGGCACUGCGGCGCCCGUUGUGUCCUGUCCUGGGCUGAGUUUGAGUCCAUCUUGUGCACCUGCCACCCGGUGGAAUCAGGCUCCACGGGCCUGGCCUUGCGCUCCACCAUCAACCUCACUGGCAGCGGCCACGUGUCCAUCUUCGAGUUUGACAUCUUUACCAGGCUCUUCCAGCCUUGGCCAACACUCCUCAAGAACUGGCAGCUCCUGGCGGUCAACCACCCGGGCUACGUGGCCUUCCUCACAUACGAUGAGGUUCAAGCGCGUCUGCAGGCCUGCAGAGACAAGCCAGGCAGCUACAUCUUCCGGCCCAGCUGCACUCACCUGGGACAAUGGGCCAUUGGAUUCGUGAACUCAGACGGCAGCAUCCUGCAGACCAUUUCUCUCAACAAGCCCCUGUUCCAGACACUCCUGGACGGACAAAGGGAAGGCUUCUUCCUCUACCCAGAUGGAAAGAACCACAACCCAGACCUGACUGAACUCUGCCAGAUGGAGCCCCAUCAGCGCAUCCAUGUGUCGGAGGAGCAGCUGAAGCUGUACUGGGCCAUGGACUCCACGUUUGAGCUCUGCAAGAUCUGUACCGAGAGGGACAAGGAUGUGAAAAUCAAGCCAUGUGGACACCUGCUCUGUGGCAGCUGCCUGGCUACCUGGCAGAACUUUGAAAGCCAGACGUGCCCCUUCUGCCGCGGCGAGAUCAAGGGCCAGGAGGCCGUGAGUAUCCAUCAAUUUCAAGGGAAGCCAGAGGAAGCCACGGCCGCUGCCGAGUACCUGAGGUCCAGCAGUGACCAGGAAGAUGGGGAGGAGGAGCUGGGGCAGGUGGUUUCCUCAGCUCCCCCUCAGCUGAAUGUGUCCCCAGCUACAGGCCGGCUGAAAAUGGUACCUCUGGCCCUCCCCAGACUUCAGGGCCCGCUACCCUUGCCAAGAAUUAAGACUGUGGCCUUAGCCCCCUGGAAAAUCACCUCCAACCCUCAGGCCAGGGAGGGAGCCACAGGAAACUCCUAAAGGAAAAGUCACCCCUCCGGCUGCCCCCCCGUGGGGCCCGUGAUCGCUGCCCAGGCAUGGGGGCCGGGCACCACACGUGCUGCUAAAGGGAGCCCCAGCGGCUGCAAGGGGUUUGUGAAUAAUAAACUGCCAAGCCUGGUCUGUCGUCUGAUGUGUGGAGAAAACUAUAGCAGCCACCAGGGGGCAGCUUGACAUUGG